AUGCUCGUGAAAAUUGUCGGAUUGCUGGCAAUAAGCUUGCUUAUCACAGGAACCGUUCAUGCGAUUGAACCAUCUGGAGAACAAAUGUGUUCUUGUGUAUGCCCAGCUGGUCAGUCUGGAACCUCGACGAACGAUACAAACUGGACAGAACCGACCCUCCCAUCCGAUUUGUUCGGAAAGUUCGAACUCCACCACGGAAGAGGCUUCGAUCAAAUUGUUAGUUGGUUAUUUAACUCAACGCACAAUAAGUAUCAUGCUAACAUGACAAUUUGUUUCAAACGGUCCAACGAGAACUCAUUCGAUUUUACGAUUACAAUGAAAGACCGUGAACAAACCGUUGCAAACAUCAACUUGAAAAACCGAACGGAAUUACAGCUCCAGAAAAAAAUUGCCGUCAGGAAUGGAGCUUUCUACGUCGGACGGCAGUCUUUCCACAUUGACCAGGAAGACUUUUUGAUCGUGGGAGUCAACUCCAGUAAAAUCUCCAACCCUCCAGUUCUCGUAUUCAAAAGAACGGGAGCUGCUUCUUCAGCUGCAGUUGUAGCUGCUGCGGCAGCUACCGCUAGUAAUACAGCUACUCAUAAUGCCGUUUCUCCAGCGACCAGACAACGCAACACCCGAGGAACCUCCGAUGUUCUCCCAGAUAAGUUCUAUGGAAACUUUGAAUUGGAUCGCUCUGAGAACUUCGAUGAAUACCUCACUGCCAAAGGAUACGGAUGGUUCACUCGCAAGCUCGUCACUUUUGCCACUUUCAAGAAGAUCUUCGCCAGAACUGCCAACAAGCAUCUUUUUGAUUAUUCCAACUUGACUUCCAAAAAGGACGUUUUCUACAAGAAUGUUGGACUUGGAAAGAAAUUCGAAGGAGAAGGACUUGACAGCACCAAGCACGAGAUUCUGUUCACUCUCAAAGACGGAAAAUUGUUCGAACAUCAUAAGCCAUUGGAAGAAGGAGAGGCAAAGGAAGAGACAUAUGAAUACUCUUUCGACGGAGACAUUCUUCUUCAAAAAAUGAGCUUCAAUGGAGUCGAGGGACGCAGAUACUACAAAAAGACUACCUAA